CCACCCAGAAGGGAGCUACUCCUGUCGGCUCCAACUGCCCUGCAGUGCGCUCUCCCUGAGGGCUCUACCCGAGACUGUACAGCAACGAAAGUUCAGUCUCAGCUCCAUUUUCAUCUUGUCAAAGUCACCUUCCAGCCAUCCAGCUAUCGGUGGGGAAACUGAGGCAAAGAGAAAUGACCACGUGGGACCCAGGUCCUGGCUCCCUAGUCUGGGUCACUGCACCCUCCUUGCAGCCUUGGCUGUCCCAGGGCAGAAUGCGGCUCUGCCGAGGGGGCAGAACCCGACGCAGUCUCCCCACGGUUUGAACAGCCCGAGCCCAGGCAACCCAACCGCGCCGGUGGUGGUGGCGGACUCCGCACCAGAGCAGCUGGAGGCCCUGAUCGAUCUGCCCACCGGGGCCUUCGGGCCCGGGAAUCGACAUGCGGGAGGAGCCCCGGCCGCGACCUCCGCCCUCGGGCCUCGCGGGUCUCCUGUUCCUGGCAUUGUGCAGUCGGGCCCUAAGCAAUGAGAUUCUGGGCCUGAAGCUGCCCGGCGAGCCGCCGCUGACCGCCAACACCGUAUGCCUGACGCUGUCGGGCCUGAGCAAGCGGCAGUUAGGCCUGUGUCUGCGCAGCCCCGACGUGACGGCGUCGGCGCUUCAGGGCCUGCACAUCGCGGUCCACGAGUGUCAGCACCAGCUGCGCGACCAGCGCUGGAACUGCUCCGCGCUCGAGGGCGGCGGCCGCCUACCGCACCACAGCGCCAUCCUCAAGCGCGGUUUCCGUGAGAGUGCUUUCUCCUUCUCCAUGCUGGCUGCUGGGGUCAUGCAUGCGGUAGCCACGGCCUGCAGCCUGGGCAAGCUGGUGAGCUGCGGCUGCGGCUGGAAGGGCAGUGGUGAGCAGGAUCGGCUGAGGGCCAAACUGCUGCAGCUGCAGGCGCUGUCCCGGGGCAAGAGUUUUCCGCACUCCCUGCCCAGCCCGGGCCCUGGCUCAGGCCCCAGCCCUGGCCCCCAGGACACAUGGGAAUGGGGUGGCUGUAACCAUGAUAUGGACUUUGGAGAGAAGUUCUCUCGGGAUUUCUUGGAUUCCAGGGAGGCUCCCCGGGACAUCCAGGCACGAAUGCGAAUCCACAACAACAGGGUGGGGCGUCAGGUGGUAACUGAAAACCUGAAGCGGAAAUGCAAGUGCCACGGUACCUCAGGCAGCUGCCAGUUCAAGACCUGCUGGAGGGCAGCCCCAGAAUUCCGGGCCGUGGGGGCAGCCUUGAGGGAGCGGCUGGGCCGGGCCAUCUUCAUUGAUACUCACAACCGCAACUCUGGAGCCUUCCAGCCCCGCCUGCGUCCCCGUCGCCUCUCAGGAGAGCUGGUCUACUUCGAGAAGUCUCCUGAUUUCUGUGAGCGAGACCCCACCGUGGGCUCCCCAGGCACGCGGGGCCGGGCCUGCAACAAGACCAGUCGCCUGCUGGAUGGCUGUGGCAGUCUGUGCUGUGGCCGCGGGCACAACAUGCUCCGGCAGACACGAGUUGAGCGCUGUCAUUGCCGCUUCCACUGGUGCUGCUACGUGCUGUGUGAGGAGUGCAAGGUCACAGAGUGGGUCAACGUGUGUAAGUGAGGGUCAGCCUCACGGCGGGGCUGGGGAAGGGGCCGGGCACCUUUACAGCCUUUUGCUCUGAUUUCUGUCCAGGGUCAGUCUUGGCCCCUGGAAGCUCAAAGUAUCUGCCUGGAAACAGCUUUGGGGGUGGUAGGGGUCAGGUGGAGUCUGUGAUGUGUGGCCUUCUCCCCCACAGCAGGAAGGCCUCGAGGGGGAGCUGUCACCCUGUUGUACUCCUUGAACAUCUGUAUGGACUAAGAUGAAGUGAACUGUAUUGCCGGCCUCUACCCAACGUGGGGGUCCCUUUAACUCUCAUUCACACUCCUUUUGGCUGGGGAGUCCCUAUGGUUUGACCACUCUUUUCUUUUGAGGCACAGCCCCAGGCAUUGAGUGGAGCCAUAAGACCUGAAUCCAGAAAGAGACCACUCACUCCUGUUUGCUGCUCCCAAACUCCUCUGCUGCAGCCUGGGCCCCCUCUUACGGAGUGAUGGGAGACGGUGGUAGAGAGGUUUUUCUUAGGGAAGGGACAGCGUGCAGGGCACUCGAAAACUCUGAAAGGUGUCUGUCUAGGCCCUUAGGGAAACUGUCGCCCCCAAUUCAAAUGUUAAAGGGAAUCCUCCAAAGGAAGAAUUUUACCUAAGACUCUCUGAGCCUCUUUUUCUUUCUUCAGCAGGAGGGGUGGGAAUGGAUAAUUUAUUGUACUGAGACUUGUUCUUGGUUUUCAUUUGUAACAAAAAUAAAUUAAGUUACUGGAC